GGCUACAAAUUGUUAAAGAUGGCGACUUCACGGCGACUGAAAUUGACUGAAUAGAAUGUAUGUUGCUGCUUGAUUGAACGCGUUAAAAGACUAUUCGGAGUUCUUUAUGUCUGGAACACGUUUAACACGCAAGGUGACGGUGGAAGGUAGCAAAAAGUUACCUGAAAGUGGUGGUCAAAGUUCAAGUUCGGGUUCCGGGACAAGGAGAAGCGUGUUUGAUAGACUCGGCCCUGGAACGAGCGAAGUAAGUAUUAGGAAUGAUUAAUAUAAAGCCUGGCUGUUUAGUCUUCAGCGUUCACUGCUGACCGAUAGUUGGUUCUGAUCUUAUCCGGCGAAAAAUUAAAAAAAGGGAAACAUUAUUCUUGCAAGGACCUUAGUGGCCUCGGUUGUUCAAAGGCUGGCUAACGCUAUCCACCGGAUAAAUCUCCAUCAGGGAUUUCAAAAUAUUUUGAAGUAGGCGGCCGACUCUGGAAAAGCAGGUGAAUGUGACGAUCGAGGGGCUGUAAGGCCCCUGAACCUAGGGGGAUGUAGACUAGCCUGCGAAAUAUAUUCAAGUAGCUGGCGCAACUCUGGGUUCUCUCCGCCUGCACGGCAGAUGUAAUUUUUAACCUCAGUUAUGAAUCAAAGUUGGCUCCAAAAGCGGUUUUCAGUAAAAGAUUGAAGAUUGAAGGAAACACUAGGCAAGAUUGAAGUGGAUUUCUAGAUGUAUCCGAUGCGUAUAUUUGAUUUCAGGUUAAGGUAAAGGCUUUUCGCACUGGCCAAGCUAGUGUCCAUGUCAGCAUGGUCCCAUAGCUGACUGCAGACCUCUCAACCCCAAAAGACCAAAAACCUGGAGAUCAAGGUCAAAAAUCCUGGAAAUUUGGGGUAAAAAACCAGGUGUAGGGAACACAUAAAAACGAAAAAUGGAUCGCCAAGAAUAUGUUUAACAGGAUACGAACUUUCUCAUUCUAUUUUGAACUUUGUCUUUGCUCAAUGAAUAUUCAUGCAUUUCCGCCAUUUUGGCAAGAGGAAACGUAUCUUAAUGCAACGAACUAGUAACGAUAACCUUAUUUGCCAUUUGUCUUCUAAAUAUGGUUUUGAGGUCUGUAUCUUGUCGACAAGACUAUCAAACAUAUAGCAUUAGAACUGUGGAUUUCUACAGAAUUGGUGCCUGAAAAUAAUUUUUACAAGGCAAAAAUGAAAAUAUUCAAGAAAAUUGUAUUCCAUCGGCUUGUGAAUCUGUUUACCAAGACUCAGAUUUUUGUGUCUCAUUUUUGUGAGACCAGGAGAUUGUCCUCAAAAGCAAGAGACUUGAGAGGUGUGUCCCUUUAAUACCUAGGAGAAACUGAAAACAAGGCUCGUCCUCGGUGUAGGAACCUGUUAAACUCACAGGUGAAGUAAAACAAAGGAAACAAAUAAGUCAGCACAACAGAACUUAGAAAAACAGAAGGUGCAAAAGAAAGAAAAAGUUCACAGGUUCUUACGCCAAGGUAAACCCAAAAGUAACAUUUAUGCAAAACUCGGGGUGCAGGGGAGGGAGCAAACAAGGUGUAUUAUGGCAGAUUUGCAAAUGACACAUCAUCAUUAUUGAAUCCAGGGAAUGCCAAGAUUUUGCUCAUAGGUAAAUGCAUCAAUGUUAUCAAAUUAUUAUAUUGCUUAGUCCUUUCAUUGGAUCAUGAUAACAGCAAAAAUACAACAAUCUAGAUUACCUGAUUUUUUUUUUCUAGUGACAUUCUUUAAGAGUAAUAAAUACAUUAUUUUAGCCAUAUGUGUGGCAUCAUUACCUGCAGUUGCAGAUGAGUUAACCAAAGUGACAGGCAAGUUGGUGCAUAACUGAAUCUAGAAAGCUUCUUUACUCAGACUAUUUCAAGAAUUCUGCCUGGUCCAGAAUACUGUAAAUGCCAGAAUAGUGCCAUAAGUAUAUACCGUAUUCAUUCGACUAUAAGCCGAGACCCCAAACUUUGAACGUGUAUACUCGGCAUAACGAGAACCAAAAAUAAAUCGAAAACACCAGGCUAUAAGCCGAGACCCAUUCAUUAUUACAAGACUGAAUUGUUAACUACGGGAAAACCUAACAUUUUCGGAAAAAAAAUCACAUAUUUGAUUGUCAUAAAUGAGGCUUAGACGAUAACACACACGCGCGUAAAUGAGAGAUGCAAUGGAGAUUUAUUAUGCAAAAAGCUUCUCUCUUAGAAAACACACGCGAAUUGAAAAGCAACGAAUCAUAACUCAGGUGACUUAGUGUGAUCCAAAAAAUGAAUUUAAAACUAACUGUGUUGUUAAGCGGCAUCACCAGUACCUAGACAUCCGUAGCGUCUAUCAAACAAUCUCGUGUUUGCAAUCGUUUAUUUCAAGUCAAGUUGUCAUCAUGCCCAAGGCUCGUCGCACGUCAUACAACCUCGCGUUUAAACUUAAAAUAGACGCCAAAGCAGAAGCUGUUGAAAAUAACUCUGAAAUCGCAAGAGAAUAUGGCAUCAGUGAGUCCGUCGUCCGUCACUGGAGGAAAGAUUAAGCGAACCUU